AUCUGAUCCUAAAGGAAGGCAUUGGAACAGCGGACGCUCUGUACAACCUGCAGCAGAUCGGGAAUUUCUGCCAGAGUUACUUUCCCUGCCGGUGCUUCCACCUGUCAUAUGAGGACCUCUUGUACACACACGGUGUCAUGAAAGUGAACAUUCUUGCCUUUCUUGCAGACCUUUUCCAUGGUUUUGAGGGGCCUGACUCCUUUACAGGUCAAGAUGGGGGCCUGGGAUCAGCAAAAGCUUCUGCUGAAAUUGUUGAUGCCGUGCCUGCAGCAGGCAAGAAGAGUUCCCAGACCGUACAUGGCACAGUUCCCAUCAGCCAGGUGACCAAGAGAAGCUUCCACAGACCAGGCCUGGAGGAAACUGCUAGUAACCUUGGCAUGGGAAGAUCAGCAGUCACCAGUCCAGUGUUUCAUCAACCAUUACUUUCAAAACGGAUAUCAGGAAGGCACUGCAUCCCUCAGGAGGAAGGAGGCCUGUCCUUGUCAGCAUCAACCAGACGGAGUUCCAGUCGGAGGGCCCAGUCACUGAGCACUGCCCAGGAUCGAGACAUAGUUCAUAAGUCUGUCCUAGCCUGGCAGGAUGACCAGAAGUUACAGCAGAGAUCUGGUUUUGAAGGAAGCUUCAGCAAUCCGUGCAACCAGCUGUCAGCGAAUGUCAGCCUGGACUCUGCUCUCAAUCGAAAUAGCAAUGCCAACAGUAACCUUGGCUUAGACUUCAGCGGCUUAGAGUCACCUCGCCAAGACUACAUGGAUUUUGAAAACAUCACUUUAGACUAUCCAUAUGCAACCCACCCACAUCCACCGACUGACCGGCUGAGUAACCGAACACCUGUGGCUACUGUCACUGACCAGAAGCUUGAACCUCUGAUGCCUGCCUUGCUGAAACCUGCCAAAGAAAAACAGAUCAACUUGAGUAAAGCGGAGGAGAGUGGAGACAG